AUGACCAAACUUACGACUGAUAAUGGUGUCCAAGAAAAGUUCCGAUGGAUGUGUUCCCUUGUGUUUGAUAGCUGCACAGGUAAAUGUCAGGUUUCUGCCAAAGAUAUCGAGCAAUUACUGGAGUUCUUAUGUGACCUUGAGGACAGCGAAAAUGUGAACUGCGCAGAGUCGGAGAUUUCCGACGGUCUCAGGACUAAACUUUUGUGUGCUUCAUCAGGAUUGUUUAUCAAAAGCUUAUCUGAACUUACUCACCUGAACAUAAAAAUUCCUGGAACAUCAUUGGUUCGUCAACUCAUCAAUCUCUUGUCCAAAGAAGAAAAAGAUGACGUGGAAUGUAUAUCAGAAACGUUGUGUUCUUUAUUUUGUUUGGAGCCCAUACCAACGAACCAAUUAAAGAUAGUUGAAAGUUUGUGCGAUUCUGAGCGAGAAUUGCUAAAAACGUGGAAGGAUAUUGUACCGGACAAGAAAGGUAGUCCUAAGGGAACUAAAUUACUACUGAAACAUCGCGAAUCCUCCCUGGCCUAUGAGUUAUGGAAUGAAAUUACUCAAAACACGAAACAAAUUCAAGGAAAUUCUGAUCUUUGUACUGUCACCAUGCGCAAUGAAUUUGCAAUUUGUUGUAUCCAAACAUUUUGGAGUUGUAGCGGUUGGCAACAUGUGCUUAAUAGUUUGGAUGCAAUACCAUCUAUUUCAGUCAGCGAUGACGUAAAUCAUGUUCAUGCUCGACUUAAGACUAUUAUCUCACUUUCACGAUUGUUCUUGGUUGCUUCACUUGAAAUAUCAUGCAUACAGCUGACAAACACCGUAGUAACAAGCGAGAGAUUACUAACAAAUGAUAGUUUUAUACCAAAUCAACAAAUGUUUGUUUCUGUUCCAGAGAAAAUUAUCAUCCAAUGGAUUGAAUCUAUUUCUAAAGUUAUUCAAUCUGGUUGUUUAUGGUUUACAAAUUAUAUUCUAUAUAAAGAUUUAAAUGAUGCUAUAUUAAAUCAAAGAUUACUAUUGAAUGAAAUCCUAGCUGAUUUAACUUCUCUCUAUCAACAACACCUUGGUCGAUUAACAUCUUGUCAAACAAAUACGAAAAUUCUAGAAACAAUCAAGUGUUUAAAUUUUGGUACUGGUUUAACAAUGUUAAAUUCAUUUGCCAAAUCAUUAUCUAACAUUUUACCAGCUAAUAAAUCCGAUUUAUUACGAUUAAUUGAAUCUUUGAACAAAUGGGAUCGUCAGCUUAAUUUAGUACCAAUUAAACCUUUACAAUUGAAGUAUUUUUCACAAUUAUUUCAAUUAAGCUUAACACUAUUAGCUUCCGGUGAUACUGAAUAUUAUAAAUAUGGUUCAGAUUUUUUGUCUGUUACACAAAAUUCAAAUAUUCUUUCAGUGUCAUCAUCACCUUCUUCAGCAUUCAUGCCAUCGUCAGCGAAUGAUUUGAGUUUAGUGAAUCAAAAUAUCAAAUAUCGAUUAGAUCAAAAAUUUGAUCCAAAUGAGUUUAUUCACCAAUCAACAGAAUGUACAUCAUUAUCACGUUUAUUUAUACUAUGCGGUCAUUAUUUUCAUGUUGAUUUAAUGCGUAUUCUAACAGAGAUGUUUAAUGUGAUUCAAGAACAUUCUCGAAGAUUGUCUUGUAGUCGUUAUCAACAAUAUCUGGACUCUUCUUCCAAUCUGUAUCAAGAUUUACAAAUUGAUGAUUUUAAAUUUUUCCUGAAUUGUACAAAACAAGGUUUACAUUUUCUCAAUGAUUUAUUGUUGGCUCGAUCGAACCUUCUGAAAUAUCAGUUAUCAAAUGAUUCCAGGCCUACUGAAGAAAGUUCUUCAAAAGAUAAUUCAGAAUUCAUAUCAGUUAUUGGAUUUUAUUUAUCGAAAAUGAUUAAUUAUGCUGAUGAGAUUGUAAUGCAUGAGUUGACCUCCACAUCAUCAUCAUCUUACAGUAUGGAAUGCAAAUUCAAUAUUCUUGAUGAAGAAUUAUCUCAUUUAAUUUAUGCAUUUACUUCAUGUCAUGGAAUCACUUGGAAUGCAUUAAAACAUUUAGGCUAUUCAUUGAGUAGUAGUAGUAGUACUACUACUAACAAUUAUAGUAUUUUACAAGAAUCUGACCUUUCACGGAAUUCCACAUUAUUAAUGAAUAAUUGGCCAUUAUGGAUAGAAUCACAUGUUUUCUGUUUAUUAUCUGGUCAUAUGCUUAGUAUAUUACGUACUACAGAUUCAAUGAUUAUUUUAGAAGAUUCUAUCAAAUCAUUUUGGUCAAAUUUUUUAACAAGUAUACACAAUCUAAUCACUACAACAUGGGAAUCAUCAUCAAUAAUGUUGAAAACUAUCCCUAUCAUUGAACAUAAUAUGAUAGAUAUUCAUCCGAAUUUAUUACAGCUAGCUUGUUUCCUUGCUGGACAAACACCAGGUUUAAGUGCAAAAAAACAAUUGCUUAUUUUAUUAACUCAAUUAUUUUGUGAUUUGAAUAAAUCGAUUUGGAAGAAACAACACCAGCCACAACAGUCUGUCACAACGGGCAACAACACUAUUCACAUUCUCUCAGUGAACCAACACCAACAAAUCACACAUACUUAUUAUCUUUGGUUACGUUUAAUUGUUAUUCUACGUUAUAUGUUACAUUAUUUCUAUAUUCCACCAAAUUAUUUAUCAUAUCAAUUAAAACCUUGUAUGUUUUUACAAUCUACUACUACUACUACUCAUCAUCAUCAAAAUCAUAAUAAUAAUAAACAGAAAAAAUGUCUAAUUUGGGAAUAUUCAACUAUUGCCCAAUUCAUAUCAAAAGUACAUCCAUACUUUUUGCCUUUACCAUUAAUAGAGAAUAGUCACAAUAAUAAUAAUAAUAUUCCAUUUUUUUAUGAUCUAUUAACUUCAGCAAAUCAAUCAUCUUCAUCAUUAUUACCAUCAACAACAACUUUUGUUGGAAAUAGUAGCAUUAGUAGUACUAAAAGAAUUAGUACAAGUUUAACUCUUCCAUCUCCUGAUGGUUUGGCUGUUUCAUCAUUAGCUUCACUUAACAAUUAUCAUGACUUAUUCACUUCACUUCUUGAUUAUUUGGAUUCACUUCUAUUGACGGAUUCAUUAAAUCAACAAUCAAUUAAUUCAAAUCUUAUUCUUCUUCUAGAAUGUUGUCAAUUACCAUUGUGUACAUAUGGUUUAGCAUUAAAUUGGAGAUUAUUAGAAAUUCUUCCACCACCAAGAGAAUUUUUAAAUGAUUUAAAUUUAUUCAUUAAUUUAUUGACAACAACAUCAACAUCACAGAAGACAAUGAACAAUUUGCAGAAUGUUUCAAAAAUAUUCUUAUCACCUUCACAUUAUUUAUAUUUAAUAAUUUUAUUAGAUAGAAUUCAACAUAAUUCAACUCAACCAAAUUAUCAAUAUUCUUCAGGUUUUGGAACUGAUGAUAGUUCACUGACGAAAUCAAAGUCUGAAUCAUCUACUGUAACAUCUACAAGUACUAGUUCAACUAGUACGAGUGGUAGUAGUAAUGCUGCUGCUAAUUUACCUCCACUACCCAGUAGUCGAACAUCAUCAAUAACAUCAUCAUCCUCGUCAUCAACUUAUUCUUUACUGGAUUCAAGAGGAAAUCUAUUGAAAGAAUUAAAGCGUUUAAUUCAUGCUCAAUGUUCAAGUAAAUCAUUAAAUGAUGAGGAAACUGAAGAAACAAAAACUGCUCUCAUUGAAGAAUCAAUUAAUAAAUUAAUAUCUUUAAUUCAUCCUAUAGCAUCAUUUUCAUUGUUAUUCGAAUGUGGUUUUCUUCAAGUGAAACAUUAUUCACUUAUGUUGGAUUCAAUUAAGAAAAGUUUCAAUGGGAUUACUGUUGGCCAAUUAUCUUAUUUAAGUAGUUUAUUUCAAUUUUUAAAUACAUUAACAUCACAAUUGACAGCAUUGAAUGAUUCUAAAAGUACAAAACCAAUGAGUACUUCUUCUUCUUCUUCUUCGAAAUCAUACACUGACACUGUAGAACAUGCAAAACGUGCUGGUAAGCAUAGAACACGUCAUGCUGCUGGUAAAGGACGUGUUGUUGUCACUGGUUCUUCUACAGAGACUUUGAAACAGCCUAAUAAUAAUAAUAUUGAAUCAAUUAGUCCAAAAGAAAAGAAAACUAUUUGUUUAUUGGAUAAAGCAGUGAUCGAUGCAACUUUACAAGAUACUGUUGUUUCUUCUUCUGUAACAUCUACCAUUGGAGAUAGCACAAGUACAAGUUGUGAUACAAAUUUAACAUCUAAAGAGUUAUCUGCAAUGUAUUCACAUUCAUUACAGACUGGGCAUAGUUUAUUGAUCACCUGUUUACAAUUAAUGUAUAAACUAGGCUAUCAUAUUCGUACAGAACUUGAUUUACCUAAUUGGAAUAAAGUGAAUAUCAGUGAAUUGUCAUCAGCGUCAGCGUCAACUAUAGAAAAUAUUGGUGUAUUAACAUUGUUAUGUCCAAAUCGUUUAAUGCAAGAGUAUUGUGUAUUACCAACAUUCAAUGUGAUUUCAAGUAAAUUAGCUCGUCAACGUUUAGCUAAUAGUAUGAAAUUAGCUACUAUUAUUUAUGGUAAACAAUUUGAUUUGUUGAAUAAUAUUGCAACAAAAUGUAAUACUAAUAAAUGUAUUGAAUUAAAUCAAUUUAGUUCAAAUCUAUCUCAAUCUUUCUAUCAAAUAUUAACAUAUCAAUAUGAAUUAACAUUAUAUCAGUUGACAAUAAAAAAAGAUCAUCCAUCUGUUGAUGAUGAUAGUAAUGUGGAAUCAUCGAAUACGACGAAUGCAACAACACCAACAUCAAAUGAACCAAUAUCAACAACCGCCAGUACUACUAGUACUACUACUACUACUACUAAUACUUCCACCACUACACCUGAAUAUGCUAAACAGUUAGCUAAUCAUUUAAAAUUAUUUCAAGCAUGUUGUUUAUUAAAAAAUAUUUAUGAAUUGUGUAAAUCAUUAGUUAGUCAAUUGUUUGAUAUACAACAGAAAAUAUCACAUUCAAAUGACGCUAAAUUAGAACAUACCGUAAUGUACAAGGAAAGUUAUCAUCAUGGACUACAACUAAUUGCUGCAAUGCAUUAUGAUCCUGUAUUUAGUGCUUUGAAUAUUGACUUGAUUGGUUGUGAUGAUGUUAAUGAUGACAAUGAUGAUGUUGUUGGUGAUGAUCACAAUAAUAAUGGUGAAACAGAGAAACUAUCACCAUCGAUAGCACAAUAUCUAGCUUAUCUAUGUUGCCUACAUCGAACAAUGUCCACAUCAAAAUUAUUGCCAACAUCGUCAUGUAAAAUUGAUACUACUGAAGAUCAACUGAAAAAGGUUUUCUAUUCACGUCCAGUGAAAAAAUUGAUCAAUCAUUCAUUGGAAGAUCGACUUGUGUAUACUGUCUUCUUUAUGGCUAGAUGUCUUUCGAAUUCAGGUAAAACUUCUCUUGAAUCUCGUGUCUGUUCAUAUGUCUGUCGUGAAGUGAUGGGAUUUCUAGAAAUUGUAUUAGGCAAUCAUCGUAUCUUGAAACAAUUAUUAUCGUCAUCUGCAUUAUUAACUGAUGUGAAUAAUAAUAAUAAUAAUAAUAAUAAUACUUCAAAUAGUAAUAUGAAUGGUACUGGUUCGCCAAAUGGUACUCCUCAUGAUCCAACUACACAAUCAAUAAUAACAAUGAUUCAAAAACCAAUCUUCAAUAAAGAUCUACUCAUGAAUUUAUUCUCAUCAUCUUCAGUUACAUCUAGUAUUCCAUGUCAGGAUGUUUAUCUACUGAACGGUAUAAGAAUAUCAAAUGGACCUCCUUCACUUACAUAUCAAAUGUCAUCUUUACGUUUAUUAUGUGUUCUUCUUAUGCGUGCUAUUAAUACCUCUUCAAAAACACGUUACAUUUUCACUGAACUUGUCAAAUUAUCAUUAGAAGCAUGUUUAUAUCAUCCAUGGAAAUCAAUUGAAACAGAGACUAGCCAAACAUUAUCUUCUUAUUGGUUAGAAAAUAUCUUACCCAAUAUGGAAUUAUUUCAUAAGAAUAAUGACACUGAACUAUGGUUUACUGAUUUAUUAAAUAAUCAUGAUUAUUUACUAUCAACUAAUCAACAAUCAUCAUCUUCAUCAUCUUUAUUUGAAACUGAAGAAGAUCUACUGACCAAUGAUAUAUUCAGUAGUACAAUCAGUACUAAUACUAAUAAUAGUAUUAAUAAUAAUAAUUUAAAUUGUGACGAUCAUCUUAAUGUCAAUUGGUUAUUAUUAGAUGCUAAUGUAGCCUCGAUGGUGAAUAAUACUACGAUUUUGUUAAAUGAAUGGAAACAGAAACGAUGUUUAUAUUACAUAGCAUUGUAUUUUGAACGUUUCACAAGACUUUUAGCAUCGAAUUGGAUAGAUGAUGUUAGUUUACGUGAAAAAUAUUGCAAUCAUUUACUAACUUCAGCUAUAACUCUCUGGCGUUCUCGUGUAACUUCAAAAAGUAGUAACGGAAAUACUGUUACUACUACUUCUACUACUACUGAUUGUCCACAACCAACUAGUGCCUCCACGUCUACUCAUCAAGAGAAAGUUGACAAUGUAAAACAAUCCAUAACAGAUGAACAUGUGUAUGAUUUAACAUUUCUACCAUAUGCUAUUACAUCGCUACACUGUCUAUCAUUUGGUUUUACCACAGGUUUUGUACAUAGUAAAUUAUUCGGUUUCUUCACACAUUGUGCUAAUAUUUGCUAUGAAUUAAUAAUGAAAGAAAAAGCUAAUAAGGAAGCUGACAAGUCAAUUUGUUUAAAUGAUACUAAUUUAAUGCUAUCAAUGAGUUUACAACAUUAUAACGAGAAUUGGAAUCAAUUAGGAUUAUGGAAUAUUAAAUCUCAUUUUUUCAAACACAACUCACCUGGUUGUUCUAUUCAAUCCAAUCAAUCAGUAAAAACAAAUCGUACUAUUGAAAUGAAUCAAUUAUUGUCUGCUGAUACAGAUGAUGAUGAGGAUGUUGAUGAUGCGGAUGGUGAUGAUUGUUUAGAAGAUGAAGUGUAUGCUACAUUUCCUGGUCCAUUAAUUAAUGAUUCCAUGUGCACAUAUGUUGCAACUCAAAAAAUGUUCAUUGAUCAACAUUGGUAUCAUUGUUAUACGUGUAGUUUACAAGAAUCGCAUGGUGUUUGUUCUGUAUGCGCAAAAGUUUGUCAUUCAGGGCAUGAUAUAAGUUAUGCUAAAUUUAGUGGUUUCUUUUGUGAUUGUGGUGGUGCUGCUGGUCGUCAACAUGUGGAUUCAUUUUGUCAAGCAUUGACAUCACGUGUUCUAUCGAAUAAACAUCCGCUACCUACGAAUUUGACAAUGAUGAUGAUGAUGAUGUCACAAGAUAGAAAUAAUCUAUUUUUACAAUAUAUGAAUAAGAAAGAAUUGAAUUAUUAUCUUCCAUGGUUAACAGAUGGUUAUCAUCCAUUUUUAUCGUCGGUUUCAUCAAAGGAAUUUCACGAUCCCUAUCAUCAUCGUCAUCAUCAAGCAGCGGGUCACGUGAACGAUGAUCAUCAUACAUCAUCAUCUAUGCAUUCAAUUGGUGGUGAUAGACAUGACUCACGUUUAAUUAUUCCUUUAAAUUCUAAAUUAAUUAAACGACGUCGUAAAGAAUCUUCAAAUCUCAUUGAGAUACAAGAUGAUAGUGCAAUUUCACGCGCACGUUCUGUUCCAGGUGUUAGUAGUUCAGCAGUGAACUCAUCUAUUUCUUCCGAUACUGCAUUAAAUGUCCAUGAAAAUCAACAUUCUACUACAAACCAAGUCAAUAUUCGCCCACUUUGGCGUCCUAUAACAUCUGUUGACAAUAUAGAUUCAGUCACUGGUUCUGCAUUAACUCAUCAACGUACAUCAUUAUCUAACAGUAAUCGACCUACUAAUCUUCGUCGAACUGGUGCAGUUCGUUUGAGAAAAAUCUCUUCAGAAUCACAUUCUGGACCAAGACUAUUGAAAACAUAUCAAAUUAAUCAGCAUCAACAGCAGCAACAACACCAACAACAAUCUAAAGUAUCCAAUACUCAAUCGAAUCAACAAACUAUUUCAUCUGCAACUAAAUCAUUGCCGUAUGGUGUAGAUAAAUUGUGUAAACCAAAUGUUAUUCUACCGGUGACAUCACAAUUUCCUUCAUCUUCUUCUUAUGAUGAUGAUGAUGCUAAUCAUUCUGAUGUUGAUUCUAAUGAACAAGGUAUUAGUAUACGAUUGAGAAAUAUAUUUUACUUUUUAAAUUUAUGUGAUAAUUUCAACUGGCAUCGGAUUAAACGUAAACGUAAAUAUUCCAAACAUUCUACUGCUACUACUGCUACUCCGUUAAAACUGGAUCCAAAUCGAUUUCAUCAUACUCAAUUAGUUCCGAAUGAAAUGAAAUUAAUUGAACAUGUUCGUAGACAAAUUGAUGCUGACGAGACUGGUACAUGUCGUUCUCAAUUGACGAUGAUGUUGUUUACAUGUGAUGUUGUUUCACAAGCAGCUGAAAUACUCAUGGGAUUUGGUAAAUCCGAUGUUAAAGGUUUAUUCAAUCAUUUUAUGCAUUGUUCCGCUACAAAUGAAGUUGAAUCAAAAAGUGCAAUUCGUUUAAAUAAAUUAAAACAAAUGCUUUCAAAUCAACGAGAUAAUAAUAAGCCAGUCAUUCGUAUGUGUUCAAAUAUUACGACACCAGUCCCAUCUAUAUCAUUACAAAAUGGAGCACUUUGGCGUCGUAUUAUUCUUGCCGGUCAUCAAUUGUUUCGAUCUACAUCUCCUAUUUCUGCUUAUGAUUUGAAUAAAUAUUUAACACCUCAUUCUGUUUCACCUCGUCCAGAAAAUACUUGUGCACCGAUUGAUUACAGUACAGUUUCAAGAUCAGGUCAUACACAUGGAUCAUCUACGGAUUAUCUUUCAUCUCACAAUGCUGUUUCCCAAGGAAGACUUGCUAUACAAUCGCUGUCUGAUAGUAUAUCCACUACUGUCUCGUCUUUCUCAUCCUCGUCAAUAUCAACCACACCAGUGAAUGCAAUAGUUUCAUUGCCUGGAUUAUCUAUGUCUGGUACAAGUAAUACAUCACGUGGUGCAUCAUCAUCAUCAUCGGCAUCAUCAUCAUCUAAUCCAGUCUUACUUAUUCAAGCAUUAGCAAGUAUUCUAGCUGGAUCGGAAAAUUCCACUACUACUACUACUACUCGUGGUGGUCUGACUUUUUCACCACUCUCCUCCUCUGGUGGUGGCGGUGCUUCAGAUACACAAAAUUUAAAUGGAAGUAACAUAUCAUUUCUACCAUCUGGUACAGCAUUAUCACUAAGAGAAUUAUUUGGUCCACGUCUAUCAAACAAUGCUUCUUCAUCAUUAUCAUCUACUACUGGAUCGAUAAUGAGUAAAACUGCAGUUAGUGGAAUGGUUGCUAGCAGUGGAGCAGCUGUUUUUUGUGUUCUACGUUUGCCAACUCCAGCUAAAUCUACAUGUUCUUAUUACUUAGUAGUGGCGAGUACAGGACCUAGAUCACUUGUUUCCGGUACAGAUACAACAGGGUUGAUAUCUGGUUCAACUACAUCAGAUAAUUUAAAAGGAUCACGUUCACCAUUUGGUCAACGUGGAUUAAUGUCAAUUUAUAAUUUAGAUAAGUUAUUAGUACAGAUUGCUGAAAAACAAGAUCGAGGUUUAAAAGAAAUAGCUAAAUUAAAAACUAUCACUGCUUUACUUCAAUCAAGGCAUAUUGAAAUGAAAGUGGAUUGCGAUAAUGAGAAUAAAGAAAAAUCUAAUACAGACACUAUCACCACAGAAUUAACAAAUUCAUUAAAUUCAAUGUCUAAAGAAAUGAAUCAACAAUUAAAACAACUUUGUGUUAGUUUAAAAGAUUUACCAAAAAUUAGUACUGCAACAGCUGGUAUUCUUAUCUCUAGUAUGACAGUGAAUCCAUCUUGUACAUCAACAUUUGUUGUUUGUGGUUUAUGGGAAUGUGUUGUUAUGUGUUUAUCAUCGGUUGGUCAAAUAUGUGGUCGUAUCUCAGUGGUUCCAGUUGUUGGAACAAGACGAGAACAGAUUAUCAAAGCUAUAUGGUUACCGAAUUCAAUUAAACUAUUGGCUAUUCUCACUGAUCAAUCUGUUCAAAUAUUUGAUAUAUUUGUCAAUCCAAAUAAACCAAAAUAUAAUUUUAAACCAGUUGAUGGAAGUUUUUGUGAUGCAACAUUUGUACACUUACCAUUACAAUCUAUGCCAAAACCAGUGGAUGAACAGCAUAAAACUAACAGUACUACUACUACUACUACUAAUAAUAAUGAUAGUAACGAUGCUGGCCAUAAUAGCUCAUCGGAAUGGAAUAUUCACCUUUUAGUCAUGGCUAAUAUAGGCUCUAUUUUACAUCAGAAACUUGGUCCCGAUUGUUUAUCAUCAUUAGGUCCAUUCUUUUUAGCUGAAUCAUUAGAAUGGGAUAUUACAAGUUUGAAUAAAACUGUCAAUACAACAUCAGAUCUUGGAACAAUUCCAGAAUUAACAAUAGAUCGUUUAACCGGCAUACUUGGCGGUGGUGGAGUUAGUGUUCAGUAUAUCAAUUCAAUGGGUCUUUUAUUGCAUUCUUAUCAGUCGGGUCAUUCUAUUGCUAGUGGUAUUAAAUUAUUUAAUAGUACUGAUGAUUCGACAACACAAACACAACAAAACAAGAAUGAAUUGUGUAUUACACAUUCAAUUCUAUUGGCAGUUGGUUCAAAAGGUGGAGAAGGCAACACGACUACAUCAUCUGUUAAAUAUGCUGGAAAUCCACCUAUGAUUUAUUCAGAAGCUUCUUCAGCUCUAAAUUCCGAUAAUCUUCUAAUCUCGUUACUUUUAGCAGCACAUUCUGCUAUUGAUCCAUCAUUACAACAAUCCACUUGUUGUAAAUCUUCAUUGUCAUCAUCAACAUCAACAUCAACAUCAUGUUGUACUCAGUCAAGCCAAAAAUUACUGAUUCCCAGUAUUGGUCCAUUAUAUCGUUGGACAGAAAUAAAUGAUCAUCCUGGUCUAGUAAGUGCAUUAUCUAAAAUUUCAUUAACAUCUUCAAAUGUAUCUUCACAACAUCAAUCAUUUUUAAUGGCAUUUGAACCUGAUCAAAUAUGGAUACAACGUUUAUUGAUUCAUCCUAGUUCACGUUUAUUUAAUAUACAUGAUUCAACAAUGAAAACAUUCACAACGAUGACAACAACAACAGCAAAAUUAAACGAAUCACUACCAUCUUCUUCGAAGACGAAUGCUACUACUACUACUACUACUACUACUACACCGGCGACGACAACACCGACGACGACUAGUACUACUGCUACUAGUAAUUUAAGUGGAAAAGUUCAUCAUCCAGAUAAAUCUGAAACAGGGCAUAUAUUGUCUCCUUCAAUGCACUUAUUAGAUUCAUUCUCAUUUCAUUGGUUUGGCUCUCCAGAAUACAGUGGUCGCACUGUGACAUUUUUAUUAACCUCAGAUGGACACUUGUUAAUUAAUGCUACUGCUCCAAGAUCCUUAGUAUACACUUUAAAGAAUACAAAUGAUAAUAAAACUAUAUCAAAAAUACCUAAUAAUUAUCAGUGUACUACUACUGUACUACCUGGACAAUAUUGGUUACAAAAUGAUUUCUCUGAUAAACCAAUGACAUCAUUGAAUUCUACAUCAUUUAAUCAUGGAUUAUUAUCACCAUCGAAUAGUUCGAAUUCAAUCGAUUCAUUAGUAUGUAAUUUACCAAAAGGUGCUUUAUGGGAUUUAGCAACCAGUACUUCACCUUAUCAAUUAUUGGAUAAUGCCUCUCAACAAUGCUGCCUAAAUCAGCCAAAUUUAAAAUAUCAUAUUGCCAGCAAGAAAUCAUUCAGUAUAGCUGAUGAAACGACUAUUGAAUUAUUACAAAAUUAUUUAAUUGAAUCACCUGCAUUCGGUCCUUUACCUGUGGACUUUUUUGAAUAUGUUACUGAGACAAAUGAAAUUGAUUUCGGCGGUCCAGAUCUGUUACAAUUUUAUAAUUAUGAACAAUUGAGACGACGUUUAACAACAUUAGGUAAUCCAGUUAUUGGUGCUGGGACACGUAUUAUUCAUAAACCUUAUAAAGAGUUUAUACCAACACGUGUUGGAUCUAAAAUUACCACUGCGUCGAAUACAUCCAUUGGACAACAAGCACCACAUCAACAUAUAGCUUAUGUGAUUGACAUUUAUAAUCGUCGUUCGAAUGAUACCCUAUUGGCUGGCCUUCGUGUUACAUUGCCUGCACUGUCGUCAUCAUCAUCAUCAGCUACAGCUGAUGAAAAUACAAGUCGAUGGCCAAGAUUUUUCAAGUUGUUCAAUAGAACUAUACUUGUUCCAUUACCUUAUCCUGGCAUGACAUCAGCGCGUACAAUCGAUUUACCGUUAUAUCGUUGUGAAAUGUUACAAUCAAAUGAAUUUUUACAACUUGUUGUUGGUACUAGUGAUGAUCCAGAAGAUAUGACAAGUAUCGAUUGUAUAACAGUUUAUUGUAUUGAUCGUGAUCUAGUCUUAUCUUUAUCAUCUCAAUCAAAUCCAACUGAUAAUUUAUUAAAUGAAAAACAAUUAAUAUCAACAAAUAACCAUAUGGUCCCAAAUAAAAUACCAUCUAAAAAGAAAUCGAUGAAUGAUUAUAAUAAUAAUGAUCGUAAAAAUAUUCAAGGUCCAAUGGAUUCAUUUGUUAUAAAAAGCACUACCACCACUAAUAAUCAUGAUAAUCAUGAUGUCGAUCAUGGUGUCAAUAAUCAUCUACAUGAAAUUGUGAAUGAUGAUUGCAUUAGUGGUCCAGAAGAAUUUAUUCGAAUGAAUAUUAUUAACACUGUUGAACAAUCAUUAGCUUUUCGACUUGAUCGUUUAUUUGGUACUGGAUUUGUCACUGAAUUAACAACCGAUAACGAUAAUAAACACAAUAAUAAAAAAGUAUCACAAUCUCAUUUACCACAAUUGUCUAUGUCAAAACCAUUUCCACCUGUACCAAAUACCAUGUUUACAUUGACACAAAAUCCAGGAUAUUGUUCACAUUUCACGUCAAUAAAUAACAACUCGUCAUCAUCGCCCUUGUCUUCUUUUCCAUUAUGUAUGAUUUCGAAUUAUUGUGGUUUAACAGCAUCCAUUACUAAUAUGUUAUGUGCAAUAGUGAACAUGGGUAUUGCUGCUAAAUCUGAUGAACAUAAUCCAAAUUUUACUGGAUUCAAUUUAAUAUUAUCUAGUUUAAAACAAAUUUUCAAUAAAUACAAUAAUAAUCAUAAUACCAGACAAACAAUCGAAACUACUAACAAAAUUCCAUCAACCAAUUUAAACAUACUACUUAUAGAAAUAAUAAAAUUCAUCAAUUGGAUAUCAUUAUUCAAUGCAUCCAAUGUUCAUCAACCUACACUACUACAUAGUUUAUCCAUACAUCUUUACCAGCUGGCUUUAAUGAUUACACGUUUUUUACAUAUUGAAAAAGACGAAUUCAAGGCAUCAACUGCUAAUAAUAAUCAUCAUCAUAAUAUCGAAAAUAUUCUCAAUGAAAUCUUAUAUUAUCCAUUGAAUAAUGCAUGGAAACAAUUAACUGAUAAUAAAAAUGAUGACAGUGCUUCUGCUGCUACUGUUGCUGUUUUUCGUAAUGAUGAUCAGCUAAUAUCGAAACAUUAUACAACAUUAAAAUCAAUUCGUUUAAUUCAACAAUUCUCUAUGUCAAUUUAUCAUUUCUUACAUAUCAGUCCAUUGAAUUUAAUGAAAUGGUUAUCCAGUCAACCAUUGAAUGAUGAUAACAAUGAAUCAGCAUUUUAUACAAUUCUACUUCAAUUAUUUCAUGUAUUCAUUUCGAAUUUACCUGUUCCCAUGCAUCCAUUUCAUACAAUUGAUCCUAUAUGGUCAAUAAAAUUCGAUUUGUUCUCGUUAGUAUUUGAACAGGAUUUAGCUCAAUUAUCUUCAAUGAUGAUAGGUGAUAGCUUGAAUGAUUGUACACCACAGUAUGGUGGUGUAUUGCCAUCGAUUCCUUCUUCAUUGUCGCCAUCAUUAUCGCGAUUGGAUUUCCGACCAAAAUCUUAUUUUAAUAAAUCUAUCCAAUGCUUUAUGAAUCCAAUGACACGGGCAUUGUAUACACUUUAUUUAAGUGCACUUAUAGAUCAACAACAGUUAUCAAGCGAUGCCGGUGAUGAAGAUGAUAAUACAAAGUUAGAUGAGUUGAUUAUGACUUGUUUGAUUAAACCACCAGCUGAAAAUAAUCAUGUUAAUUCUCAACAAAAUAAAUCAUUGGAUACCAUUGAGUCGUCGUUGAAUCAAUAUGGGAAAUUGUUAAUCACACUACUAACACAUUGUAAUCAUUUGGUAUCAUGUGCUUCUCGUGAUGCUUUAUGUCGUCUUAUUAUUCAUGCAAGACCAAAAGAUCGUAUAGCCUGGUACAAAGUUCAUUCCUCUAUGGGUCGUCGUUAUAAUUCUGGUCAUAGAAAAUCCAGUGUAUCACAUUCCAAUGAGAAUAAAUCUGUUAAAUCGGUUUCAGAGAAACCUAACUCUCAAAACACUGAUACUGAUUUAUUAUCUGUACAAAGUUCUAAUCAGACAUAUACUUCAGUUGGUUCAAAUACAUCUACAACACCAACUGUUUCUUCUGCGCGUGGUUUUCAAUCAAGAACUACUCCAUACUCUGGUCGUCGACGUCCUCCACGUGAAUAUCAUUCCUUACAACCAAGUCAAUUAAUUGAUGUACUAUUAAAUGACGAAAAUCCUGGUACGCGUGAACUGAUUUCACUUGAUGAUCUAGAUAGUGUUGACAAUCAUCGAUUAUCAUCAUUAAUUAACAAUCAUCAAGAAAGUAUUGGCAAUUGGCAUUCUCGUGCAGAUCCUACUAACAAUAGCAGACAAAGAAGAUCAAGUCAUUUCUUGAGACUUUUAAAUCAACAUUCUUCCAUACCGAUAUGGGAAGGUGAAACCAGUCGAUCACCUAUUGGUCAUAGUACUGCAACAACAGCUUUCACUAUUAAUGAACCUAUUCGUUAUAUGGACAUGGAUAAUGAUGCCGCAGAUGAAUGUGGUCCAUUCGACAUGAAUUUAGAUACAACUGAUUUUAAUAAUGCUGACAGUUAUCUAUUAUCGGAAUUUCUUGAUCUAGAUAGCAUAGAACCAUCCAUUUCAACAUUACGUGAAGAAAGUGAUGAUGACAGUAGAGCAUAUCGUAUUCUACGUUUAUGUAGACAAAUAUGGGGUUCACGACGUAUUGUUUCACUUCGACAAAUGGUUGCUGAUUCGGAAUCAGUUGGGGAGAAUGAUUUUGAUGCUCGAAUCAAUCCGGCAUUGAAUGUGAAUGAUGAAAUUCGAGAAACGGAACCUGAGAAUAUCGGUGCAGAAGAUGAUGAUGAUGAGGAUGUUGAUGAUGAUGAAGAUGACGACGAUGAUGAUGAUGAUGAUGAAGACAAUGAUGUUGACGAUGAUGGUGGUGAAGAUGAACAAAAUGAUGAUGACAUAGAUAUGGAUAAUGAUGAGAAAGAUGAGAAUGAUGAUGUUGACGAAGAUGAAGUAGAAGAAGGUGAAGGUGUGAUUGAUGCUGAAGAAGAAGAAGAUGAUGAUGAUGACGAGGAAGAGGAGGAGGAAGAGGAUAACGAUGAACAAUUAAGAUUAGAUAUAAGUGAAAAUUUAUCCAGUGAAAUGGCUUUGCUAUUAGCACAAUUAGUUGCUGAAUCUGGUCAAUCGACUAUGAAUGAUCAAGAAUCGCUUAUUGAUCAAUUGGGAAUGCAUUUUUCUAGUUUUAGAAGUGUUUUAAAUCGACCACAACGUACAGUUGUUCAGAAUAGUACAACAACAACAGCUACUACUGCUAUUACUACUACUACACUAUCAAUUUCAGGUACAAAUAUAUCAGUGACAAAUUCACCGGUCUCCACGACUCAAACAACAACAACGACAACAUCUACUACAUCCGGAGUUCAUGAAGCUCAAAUUCAUGAAUCUAGCGUAACAUCCAAUCGUACUAUUCAAUCAACUAGUCAAACAGAAUCUAGACUUGAAGAUAUACAAGAACAAAGAAGUAAUGAUCUGCAAAGACAAGCAUCAAACAAUCUAGAUGAACCGAUCAAUCUAAAUUCUGAUCUAUUAAGUAUGGAAGAUGUACAAGAAGGAUUAGAUAUGUGGGCAUUUUCUGAUAAUUUAGAAGAAGAUGUUCUAUUUACACUGGCCUUACAAUUAAGUCUUCGUGAUCAAGGUGGUCCGGGUACUAGAGAUAACAUUGAAGAAAGUAACCAGCAGUCAGCCAAUACUGCACACCUUCAAUCUGUCUCUCAAGAUGUUGUCUCUAUAUCUGGAAAUGAAAAUAUUGAUCACACAGCACAAUCAAACAAUCAACAAGAUUUUGCAGAAUUCAGUCAGUUAGAUCAUAUCACAAAUUGGUCUGAAGAACCAAGUGUAUCGGUUGCACAUGAAACGAUCGUGAAUGCUCCCUCUUCUUCUUCUUCGUUUCAGGAAUCAUCAAAUCCAUGUCAAUCAAUGAAUGUAACACAUACAACUAAUGUUGUUCAUGAUGCAAAUCGUGCUGCUACUAUUUGUGCUGGCAUUGAAGAAGAUUGUCCUGAAUUGCAUACUCUGUUUAAUGAAUCAUCAUUGCCUUCGUCUCAAUUAACAGAAACGGUACGUGAUGAUAAAAUGCGUGGUAGGAAUCCACCACAUAAUUCUCCUCCUACUACCACUACUGCUACUGCGACUGGUACAACUGUUGUUAAUAUUAUCACUAACAACAAUAAUAACACUACUACAACUAAUCAAACUAGAAAUCAAUGCCACGAUUCACGAUCGAUAAGCAGUGGGAAUAUGAGCAGUAAUGACGAGGACUGUGAUGAUGUUGAAGACGAGACUGCUAAUGACGAUGGUGAUGAUAACGAUGAUGAUGAUGAUGAUGCUGAUGAGGAUGAUGAUAGUGCACCGGAAUCGAAUAUUCUGCCGAAUUCAUAUCGUUAUAAUAAUAAGAUGAAGUCAUCUUUUUAUUAUGAUUAUGAUGAUGACCAUGAUGAUGAUGAUGAUGAUGAUGACGACGACGACGGUGAUCAUCAUAAUCCUGACGAUACUUCUGCCAAUCACGAUAAUGAUGAUGAUGCUGUUCCUGAUGAUGUUCAAGAGACAAAUACUAUAACUGACAAUCAUUCUGCAAAAAAUAACAAUCCAACGAACAAUGACAAUGAAGAAAGAAAUAACGAUGAUCAAAAUAAUGAUAAACACGUUAUUUUAUCUUUAUUAAAACAUUCUCUAAACAAUAAAACUGCCAAUUCAAAAUAUCGUAGACAAAAUUUAGCAUUAUUAUUUUGUUUAAAUAUAUCAAAUUAUUUAUGCAAUGAAUGGAUGAAUAUUAUCAAACAAUGUAAACAACAAUUCAAUCGUACAUUAUCAACAUCUCAGUCAUCAUCAUAUAGUAGUAGUAGUACUACUACUAGUAGUCAAUACUUUUUACCUAUAUUACAAUUUAUCAUUAGUUUAAUACGUAUUCUACAUGGAAAUGCAUGUCAAUUGAGUGCAGAGAUCAUAGUACUUCAACAACAACAACAGCAGCAAGAGCAACCACAACCACAACAACAAUCUCAUGUUCAAUCGAAUUCAAUGUCUACUACUACUACUACUGAUAGAAAAUUCUAUAAUAAUCCAAUAAAUUAUCAGAAUAAAUUUUAUUUAGAUUAUAUUAAACAAUUAUUGCAUAAAAUCAAAUUGACAUUGAAACAACUCAUUCGAACACUUAUAAAUGGAUUAAUACAAAGUGUUUCAACUUUGCCUACUACUAAUAAUGAUGAAUCUACAACUUCAACAACAACAACACCAGAAUUUAGCAGUAAUAAUCUACGUGAAAAUUUUGAACAACUCAUUCAUUCAGAUUCUUUAUUCUUAAUCGAAUUUAUUGUAUUACAAUUAUAUGCAUUAAUAGAAAUUUUUGGUUCAACACCAUCAUCAACAUUAUUAUUCUCUUCUUCAAAUGAUACGCCCAAUUCAUUUUCUCUCAUUCAUUUAUGGUUAUCUGACGAAUGUGGAUUAGAUGAUGUUAAUAAGAAAGUAACACAACCGUCAACAUUGUCAUCAUCCGUACAACCAUCUUCAUCGUCAUCAUUCACAGGACAACCACAGUUCAGUCCGAAACCUGUCACAACAACUACACCUACAACAACAACAAUGGACCAAAUGAAUGUAUUAUCCAAUGAACCUGAAUUACGUGCAUUCAUUGAUCAAACAAUAGAAUUUUGUUUAAUUUUCAUAGAAACAUUAUAUGCACAAUUUCUUAAAGGUUUUGAAAUUAUGUACUCUAAUUGUAGUACAAAUGAAAUGAACACUAUAGAACAAAAUGAUGCCAAACAAUGCCCAGUUUAUUCAUCUCCAGCCAACAGUUAUCCAAAUGCUAUUAAUAAUCCAUUAGCAUAUGGUCUAUUACAAGGUUGUAUGUAUAAUUUACAAAAUAGUGGUGAAAUUGUCACUGGCACAUCAGCUAGCAGUUUACUCAGUUGGUUACCUUUAUUACAAUCAUCAUCUCAUUGUUUAGAUUAUAUUGAUAAUCCAAUUCUAAGUCAAUUAGGUUGGUUAGCUAUUAGAGCUUGUAUUAAAUUACCAAAUAUUUUAUUAUAUAUUUUAUCAUUAACAAUCAAAGAUAAAAAUAGCUUAUUGGCAUCAACAACAUCAACAUCAUCAGGAUCAACAUCAAAUAAUAAUACUAAUCAUCAUGUCAAAUCAUUGAAUCAUUCACAUAAACUAUGUUAUCUAUCUAAUGAAUGUGAAAGUCGUUGGUGUUCUGUAUUAUUUAAUUUUAAAGAUUUAUUACAUCAUCCUAAUUUACUUCAAUCACAAGUGAAUAAAUCGCAUUCUUUAAAGAAUGGACAAUCACAUCAACAACAACAACCUACUAAUGUUGAUACUUCAGGCUCUUCUUGUACAGAUAAUAAUAUUUCAAAAAAUUUCAACAAUCUCUUCCAAUUUAUCCAUGUGGAAGGCAUACAACGAACAUCGAAAUUCAUUUAUCCAUUAGAACGUGAAUUGCAAUCUCUGUUAAUAUCAAUAGUAGGACCUAAAAGUUAUCGUCAACUACAAGAUGUUCAUCGUUUAGCUAAACUGUUACAGCGAAUCCGUGAUAUUUGUGUUAAUAUUGGUGGUCUAGUAUUGCAUAAUGGUUGUGGAUCGAUGCAGUUUACAACUAGUGGUGGUGGACCGUCAACAACAACACCUACUGGUACUUCAUCAAAUGAUCUGAAUAAUUUGUCAACAGCUACUAAACUUCAAUUUAGCCCUAGUGAUGGAGAUCCACGAUUGAAAUCAAGCACCACCGAUUGGUGGUUACAUGAUAAAAAUGUAUUCGCCAGACAAUUACGUUUACCUUAUAUAGCUCAAAGAGAAAUUUUGGAAAAUAUUUCUUCAUGUCUAGCAAUAGCAGUGCGUAAUGCAGCUUACUGGCAAAGAUUAUGCCUUCGUUCGUCAGGUACUUUGUUGUUCUUGUUGCAUACCAGUUUGGUUCUUGAUCGAAAAAUUGCACGGAAUAUGUUAUAUUUAAUUCAAUUGGCUAUUUGUCCAAGCUUAUUGGUGGAAUCACGUAGUCAUAAUGCUGGAAAAAAUUUACAUGAUGAAUUCAAACGUUCAUUUUAUUCAAUUCAAUCAAUCGAAGUUAAAUUAUCACGUAUUAUAGCACGUUAUUUAAUACUACCACGUAAUUCACAAUUAUCCACAUGUUCUGAAAUAAGUUUAGAUGACAAUACAUCCAGCGCUAAUCAUUUUGAUCAUAAAGAUUAUUUACAUAUUUCACCAUUAUUUAUACAAUUCAUUCGUACAUUUUUAUGUCGAUGUCCAAAAAAAGCUAUUCGUGAUUCAACAGCGCAUAUAUUAUUCACUAUAUUCAGCUGUGUUUCUCGAGAAGCUCAAUCUCGUAUACUCAGUUUAAUUGCAUAUCUUUGGCCGGAAUUAUCUACAUUCGUGCCUUAUUCUAAUCAAUUUGUUCAAUUAAGUAUUCAUCUUCUUAAUUCUUAUCCUAAUUGGUCCGGUCGAGCAGAACUGUUAGAACAAAUAAUUUGGAUAUUGAUGCAACGUCUUGAAGCAUUAAAACGUCAUCCAAAUCGUACACUUUAUUCAGUGCUGAUGCAUUUUGCUCAUUCUCAAAACGGUCUUUUACCCGGUGUAUUGAUUCCAUUAGAAUCAUCUAGUGAAAGAAAUAGGUCAUUAGAUCGUGUUACAAAUGAAUUCAUAUGUUUACAACCUACAACAACAACAACAACAACCACCGCUACAACAACAGCAACAGCAACAACCGCUGAUUCAUCAUCCACCUCACGUUCAUGGGCUUCUGUUGUAGCUCAAAGACCAACUACCACGCCACAGUCAUCUUCAACCAGUAACAAUAAUAGUGCAAAUCAAAAUAGUACUAUUACACCAGAAACUGUAAUAACAGAUUGUAAUCGUAAUCUAUGUAGCAAUCUAUCGACACCAUCAUCAUCAUCGUCAACUAGUACUUCAUGUUCUCCGUUCACAUUUGAAUUGGAACCUUGUUUAUUAUGUCAUGCUAAAGUGAUUGAUGAACCAUUUUAUAUUAUAUUACGUUGGGAUUCUGAACCGAAUGUAUCGAGACGUUCCAUUCAAUCAGUAGUAUCAACUAUUUAUAAUAGUCGAUUUACACAACAAUUUAGACAAUCAUCUAUUGGAAAUUUAUUAGCACAAAACCCAUUACGUACUAAUACUACUAAUACUAGUAGUAGUAGUAGUACGACGCCACCGUCAAACAUUAGAGCAAAUGGAACAGAUACUCCAUCGACAUCUUCCAAUACAGCAACUCCAAAUAUUUCUGGUUUAAUUCAAACAACUUCAAAUAUACCGAAAAAUACUGUUACAUCAACAAUACCCAGUAGUAGUAGUACAUCAACCACGUCAACAACAGCUACUUCUGGUAGUGCUAGUACUGGUGGAACUACUGGAGCUUCAUCAAACCCAUUUUCAUUGAUUAUUCCUGUACAGUUGAAAUCACGUGCUACUUCUUCAGUUCACAUUUUUGAUCUUGAAGGCAGUUAUUUAAUUUCACAAAUCACAGUCAAGUUUAACGUUUUAUCAAAACGUCCUAGAUAUGUUAAAACUUUGAAUGUCUAUACAUGUGAUCUAACUGAUCGUGCCUCAGCAAGAUUAAUUCAUGAACCAAAAUUAUGGCAACCCGUUGCAUCAGUACAAUUUAGUCGAAAUCAAACAGUAGCUAGAAUAUGUUUCUCCCACCCAUCACCUAUACCAAUUUGGUUAGCAGUGGCAAAUCAAGACUAUGCUACCGAUAAACGUAUUACAAUGAAUCGAGACUUGGUAAUUGAUUCAUUAAAUUUAAAACAAACACCAGGUCUACCAAUACGUGCAUCACGUUUAAUAUUUGAAUAUGCAGAAUUUCAUUCCAGUAGUAGUGGUCAAGAAGAACGUCGUAUUUGUCCACGUUGUCAUGCAUCCGAUUUACAAGGUAGUACAUGUAUGAUGUGUCAUAGUAAUGUAAAUGAAUGUUUCCGUUGUCGAUCAUUAAAUCUAAGUAAUGAAGAUGUAUUUUUAUGCGCUAAUUGUGGUACAUCAAGACAUGGGAAAAUUGAAUUCAGUAUUACUGCUAGACCAUACUAUUCUGCAAUUGAACCAUUACAUGAUCGAGAUGAUCGUGAAUCAGCUUGUGGUCGUAUUCUAACCUUGUCUCGUGAAUUAAGUAAAACCUCUCAAACACUUUCACGUCUUAUUCAAGUUGAUGUGACUGAAUGCUUAUAUCGAUUAUGUUCAUUAGAUACUGGUGCUAUUGAUUUUACAUCGAUACAUCAUGAUACAUCAUUCACUGAUAAAACUUCAACUAUACCAUCGAAUAAUAACACUUUAACAAAUGAAAAAGCUAAAGAUCUUUCACAAUCUACAAUAUCAAACUCGAAUUAUACCGGUUUUGUUAAUCCUGCUAUAAUACGGUUGAUUAGUUCAGCUUUAAAAGCACGAGCAUUUAGUUUAGAUGCAGCUGUCAUAACACGUCGUUUAUGGGCUGCACGUCAAUCUGUUGUAGAAUUUGAUACAGAAGAACAACAUGAAUCAACUGUGUUAGGUUUGUUAAAUAAUCAAUCGAUUACAUCGGAAGUUUCCAACUGUGGUUGUACAUCAAAUAAAACACAAUUAAAUUAUUUGGAAUUAGAUAAAAUGUUUUAUCCAUCAUUGUCUGGAUGUUAUUGGUGCUUAAUAAAUACCAUUUAUCAAUGUAGUUAUUUUCUACGAAAUAUUGCAGAAUUCACUUCAUUCACAAUGCUGAAAAAUGUUCAUCAAAUCCCAUGUUGGGAUAAUAAAUCACAUUGGUUAUUCGGUACUACUACUACUACUACCGGUGAUAAUAAUAAUAAUGAUGACUAUUCUGCUUUCCGUUUGUUCAAUGUUUCCUCAUCGUCUUCAUCGCAAACCACACCACCGACAUCACAAAUAUCAUCUAUGAACUCUAUGGAUAUUAUACGUAAUUUAAUUACAAAUCUCAUUGAAUCUGGUUUAAAUAUUUAUCCGCAACAUUUACAACAGGAAUUACGUACUUUGUUAAUUUAUUUGACUAAAGAUUGUCAAUCUUUGAUAACUCAUCUUGGCGAUAUUCUCAGUGAUCGAUUAAUUCGAACAGCUAACACUCAUGGUGAUCAAGCUCAUCUACUUGGACCUUUAGCAUACAAUGAUGUUUGUCUAUUACAAGCUAGUGUAGAAUCAAUUCUUCCAAGAAAAUCACAACAUAUUAAUCAUCAACAACUACGUAAACAAUCAUUAGAUUUUAGUGUACGUAAUUGGGAAGCACGUUUACGUCCGGUAUUUAAAAUUUUAAUGAAACUAUCCACCACCACCACCACCACCACCACCACUAGCAAUGGUAACAACAGCAGUAUUCAUAGUCACAGUACAUUCAAUCCAUCGGUUCCUGUUGUACAAAAUAUUUUAUUACCACUUGUAGAAUUAUUGUAUGGAUUAGUUUCAUAUAAGCCGAAUCCAAGUAGUUUAGCAUUAGUUACAAAACAAUCCUCUGUAUCGAUUUCAACUACCAAUACGAAUAAUCAAUUGGCGCCUGUUACACAAACAUAUAGUAAUGAAAAUGAUCAUCAAUCAAAUCAGACUACUCAAUGUUCAUCAAGGUCAACUGGUCUAGUAUCAUUUGGAAAUAUGGCACAUUCAAUUCAUGAUUCGAAUAUGAUGACAUCAUUUCAGGCAUGGUUAACUAAUCAACCGUACGCUUCAUUUAUGGCUUGGAGAGAACGUAUGUCGAUACAAACCAAUGCAACAUCAAUGCUACAACAACAUCAACAUAUUCAAAUAGACAAUGAAGAUAAUACAUCAUCUGAUCAACAAACAUCAAUAUGGAAAGAAUUAAAUAGUAAACAAAUGAAUUUAGUUGUACAUUAUGCAAUACGUUGGAAAACUAUUGUCAAAAUGAAACAAUGGGCAAAACAUUGGGGUAUAUCUAUAACAAAUUGUUCUUUCAUCAAAGCGGAUCGUAUUUCUUCUGAUAAUUGGCUUACCAAUAUUCUAUUCUCACCACCAGAUUCAAAUGCACGCGGUGUAUACGACUGUAUGAAAUUACUGCGUGCGAUUACAUCAAGCAUUGUACCAAAACAAAUUUCUGUAGAAACUGUUAGUGGUAAUUGUAGUAGUAGUAGUACUACUACUAAUAAUAAUACUCAAUCCAUCAAUACAUCAUACUGUUACAAGAGUUUAAAGAUUUUAUUCAAUAAACGUCGAUGUAUUGUAUUACGAUAUCUUACUGAAAUUUGUGUUCCACGACUAGAUGAAUUAGCAUCAACACGUGAUGCAUAUUUAUUACUUACUGAACGUACAUCAACAUCUUCAACUUCAGCAGCAUCAUCAUCGUCAGCAGCAGCAUCAGCGUCUACGGUGACAGCAGCAUCAUCGGUAGCACGAAAUAAUUCGUCUACAACUAUGACUACUACAACUGCUGGAGAUAUUUUUGUCACGGAAUUUCGUCAACUAACUACAUUAGAAUUGGAACAUGGUUCAAUUGGACAAAAAAGGAAACAUACUACUACUACUAAUACUAAUACUACUACUAACAACAACAUUAAUAAUAAUAAUGUAUCGGAUCAGAAUAAAAUUAGUAUAUCGAAAUCACCAUUUAUACCUUAUUUAUUAAUUAAAGGAAACUUUUUAGGGUAUGUGAGAAUUUUAAUGCGUAAAUUACUACUUCAAAUGACUCGUAUCGAAUCAGUACCUGUUGGUUAUUGGAAUGAAUUGAUGGCUGCCACUUUAAGUCCAACUAGUGGUUCUGGUUCAUGUAAUGGAGGUGCGCCUGGUUAUGCAAUCGCAUUAGUUGCAGAGUUAUUAAGUGUACUUAAACCUCUAACGGUAUUAGACGUCUUAGCUGAGUAUCCAAUAGAUGAUCAUCGAUCUGCUACGUAUUUAUUACAUCGCCUGUGCACACCAGUCUGUCCAUUGGAUAUUGAUCAGUCAGUAUUUCAAAUUAAAUUGGAAGUAUGGCGUCCACAUGAAGAUUAUCUAUUGGCUAGAUCAAGAAUUGAAAUUUUACCAUCUGAUACUCGAGGUUUGGGUCCACGUAUACAUAAUCUAAUUGAUUUUAUAUGUGAUGCUAAUAAUUUGACAACAGAUAUGCGGCUAGAAAUAGUAUGUGAAGGACAAAUACUUAUGCCUCAACUACGUCUUCAUGAUGUUUACACUCAAAUAUGGUGUGCUAAUCGGAAUAAUGUAAAUAAACCUAUGCGUUUACGAUAUCGUAUACCUGGACUAGAAGCUGAUAAUUUACCAUAUGUCGAGAAUUUAUCCUCAGAACAAAUUCCAUUUGAACAAUAUUCACAUCUGUCAGUGUUAGUGACACAUCCAAAUGGAUUAGGUGAUUUAUUGAAACGUUUAGCUAGUUCACAGAAUGCUGUAUAUAAUCGUGAUUUAAUCGAUGUGAUUGUUCAUAUAUUAGAGUAUUGUUUGAAAAUACCAACUUGCAUAGAACAUCUUACGGAUCCUGAUAUUAAAGCUGUGCCCAGAUUAUUGCAUACAUUGAUUAUAUGCCUUCAAUCAAAUCAACAAAAAUCUCAUCAUCAUCAUCUUUAUCAGUAUCAACAAUCGACAGAUAUUGCUGAAAAUAUCACUAAACGUUUAAUCACCGUGUUGAAAUCAUUCCUUGAAUUAGUUGAUAACAAGUUGAAUGCAACUAUGAGUUCUUGUGAAUUGUUACAGUCAGAUAUCACCAAUUUAGUUGAUUUGAAUUCAAUUAAAUUCCUUUUGAAUUUUAUUACAACUCAUCCAAAUAUACCAAAUAUUAGUGUGGAUGUUGCAAGUCUACUUGGUUUGAUGACAUUUUCUGAUGAAAAGAAAAUGGAUGCAAUCAUUGAUUUUUUGAAAAUUAAUUUAGAUCAAUUAAAACCAUCAGCUCAAUUCAAUUCAUUUGAAAUAGCACUUUUAGAUUGUUGUUGUUCAUUGUUAUUUGCUAUACCAAAAACUAGUCGCAAUGGUGUAUUAUUCAAGCAAAGAGUUAAACAAAAUGCAAUGCUUUUACAAACUAGUCUACAUUUCUUAUGGUCAACAUAUCCAUUAUCUUGUUUGGAUAAUAGUAAUAAGAAUUUAGAUGAAUUCUCUUCUACAACAACAACAACUGCUAGUUCAGCAGCAUCAGCAGCAGCCAAUACAACUGAUCCGGAAGUUGCCAAAUUCUUAGCUGAACCUUCAUUACCAUAUAUAUUACAAUUAUUACAUGUGUGUGUGGAUGGUGAUCAAGAAGCGACCAUUUUAAGUCAACCUGAAUGUUCGCCUGAAACUAAUCGACGUCGUAUUGAAGCACAUCAAUUACUUUGUUUAUUUCAUCAAUUAGAAACUAGUAAAUCAUCUGGACGUGUUGGUCUUUUAGCUGAAGAUAUGUUAAAUAAUUGGGCUAGUAGUACAGAAGAUAAAAGUAUCACUACUACUACUACUAAUACAAAGAGUAGUGAAUCUUUGAAAAAUGCAACGAUUACAAUUAGUCAAGUUAUUCAUAAUCUUCGUGAUGCCACUCUUCGACGUGCACGUUCACUGGCACAGAAUAUGCGUGAAAAACGUUUACGUAGUCUUAAUAUGCGUGUUAAUGAAAAAGGACAAGUUGCAAUGGUCGAAACAGAUCGAUUAAAUAAAAUGACUGCAAUUGUUCAAGAAGAAACUGGUUUAUCAUGUGUUAUUUGUCAUGAAGGAUUACGUAUUGCACCAAAUGAAGCUUUAGGUAUUUAUGUAUAUGUUCGUCGAUGUGUAUUAGAAGAAAAUAUUUAUAUGAUGGGUUGUGAGUCAACAAUUAAUUUCACUACUACUACUACUAAUAAUAAUAAUCCACCAUCGAAUAUUCCUGAUGGUUAUUCAACUUUAUCAAAUUUUGUUAUUGUACAUUUUUCAUGUCAUACUAAAUCAUAUAAAGCUUCAUCAGAGAAUGAAUGGAUAGUAGCUCAACGACAUAAUUGGGAUGUUGGUUGUAAUAACAUUUUACCGAUAUUAAAUCCGCCAACUAGUAGCAGUAGUUCUGUUACUAGUUCAAGUACAACUGCUGGCAGUAGUACUACUACUACUACAACAUCGACAUCGUCAUCAUCGUCUGACAGUAAAGCAUCUUCAUCAAAAACUGGACAACAACAGCAACAACAAGCACCAGAUACUGUUUAUGCUGGACAUUUAGCCACUUUUAUGGAUUUCAUUAUGCAUAAACUCAGCAUAUGUCCUGGUUAUGUAAUGGCUUUACAUGAUAUUAAAUUGCUAUUAUUACGUUUUGCCUGUAAUCGACCAUUCACUGUUGAGACUGGUGGCGGCAGUAAAGAAAGUAAUAUGCAGUUAUUGCCACAUUUGAUGCAAGUUUAUUUACAUUCAUUGUUAAUGAGUUCGCAUGUUGAUCAAGAAUUGGAAGCUUUAAAACAGUUCAUUGAAGUUCCUACAUCUUAUUGGUCAAAAUCAGAUAAAUGUUGGGUAACUACUGGACCUCUAUAUCGUUUAGUAGCAGCAUUACAUUUAUGGUCACAUAAUGAAUGGUUGAAUCAUCGAAUCACUUUGUUGCAUAGUUUAUUGUAUAUGGCUGUGGGGCGUUCCAAUAAUGCAACAUGUUCAACUAGUAGUACUGUGGAUAAUCGAUUUAUAUUGAUCAAACCAUAUUUAAUUUAUUUUGGUCUGAUCGAUUCUAUCUAUGAAUAUUUAUUUAAAAAUGUUCCAUUGAUAACAAGUUCAUCCGAUAGUAAAAUGAAAUCAACUACAUCAGAUAGUAGUAGUAAUGGUAGUGGUAGUGGUAGUACUGCUAGUCAAACAUCACUUUCAUGGUCAGCUUCUUUAUCUCACUAUAUUCGUACAUCAGAUGAAGCUUUAAUGAAAGCCGCUCCAAAAUUGCUUGCUUAUUUUGAAGAGAAUCUUUUAACAAUUGCAAGUGUCGAAGAAUUUUUAGAUGUUACAGGCUUGUUAGGUUGUGUAACUUCAAAUGAAAUAGAAAGUAUCAUGGAGACAUUAUGGAAUAAAUGAAUAAAUCAACUGAACUCUGAUCUUACUAAACAACACUGUUGUUACAUACAUACAUACCACGCAUACAAUAAAGUUUGUGUUCGUUAAGAAAAAAAACAACAACAUUGUAUUUUGUAAUGCUUUUGUAAUGCGAAUGAAUAUCAGUGUGCGAUUGUGAUAUUGUUCUGCGCCGCAUAUAUAUCUAUAUAUAUAUACCUAUAUACAUACAUAUAUACCCAUAUAUAUACCUAUAUAUAUAUAUAUAUAUACAAUGCUUAUAGAGAAAAUGACUCAAAGAAGAUUUAAUCAAUUUCAUGAAUUUCAAAUUGUUUCUGUCUCUCGAUUGUUCGUUAUUGUGGUUCAUUCAAUUGAAAUAAAAUUGUCUGUUGCAUACAUACAUACAUACAUUAACAUUUUUGAUAAAAUAUAUACAAUUAAUCCUCGAUUAUAUAUAUAUAUAUAUAUAUAU